GACGGCUCCGCUCGUGCAGGCUGCUCGUUUCACCCGUGGAUACUAUCACACAACUGCCGUCGUCUCCAAACCAUCUCCGUGGGACACUCUGGUCAUCCUUUCAGUUUUACAGUUUUUAUCACCUCCUUUUGUAUCACCCCCCUUUUUUUUCUUUCUCAUCGUUCCUCCCCUCUCCUCAUCCUUGAGCAUCCUCAGCCUUCUCUGCAACUCGUCUUGCCUUUGCCUGGCUAACUUUUCCACCCGACUCCAUCCCACAAAAACCUCCUCCAUCGCUCACCAACCCUCGGCAGUUCUCCUCCCCCCACCACCCCAGUCCUCCUCUUAUUGCAGCAGCAGCCUCCCCUGGAUCGGGCGGAACCCAUUUGGUCAGUCUUCACUGGGGCACUGCUAAAUGGGGCGCACGGUGUCGCUCGGAAAAUGGUCUGCUGUCGGUCUCUAGGCGCCCCGCUGAACCUGCAGGGAUUGGAGUUGUCGGUGCGAGUCUGCGUCUCUUUCCCACCUCGCCUGUGCUGUCGGGGAAAGUGAGAUAUGGGUCUCUCCGUGGCGGCGCAGGCACCGCUCGUGGAGCCCCGGCGGCCGCGCCAGUGGAGCGGGACGGCGGGAGGCUGGCUCCGGAUCACCCUCGUCUCGUUUCUCGCCACUUUACCUGUGGAGCAGCUGCGCGCCUUCCCGUCCUCCCUCAGUGACUGCCAGACGCCGACCGGCUGGAACUGCUCCGGUUUUGAUGACCGGGACACCGACCUGUUCUUGUGCGACACCAACACAUGCAAGUUCGAUGGAGAAUGUCUAAGAAUUGGGAACAUGGUGACAUGCAUUUGCGACUUCAAGUGCAACAAUGACUAUGCCCCAGUGUGCGGCUCCAACAAUCAGAACUACCAGAACGAGUGUUUCCUGCGCAGGGAUGCCUGCAAGCAGCAGUCUGAAGUACUCAUUAUGUCAGAGGGCGCCUGUCCUGCUGAUGCAGGCUCAGGAUCAGGAGACGACGGAGAAGAUGGCUCAGCAGAGACGGCGCAGAAGGAAACGUCCACCUGCGAUAUUUGCCAGUUUGGGGCUGAAUGCGAUGUGGACGCAGAGGAUGUUUGGUGUGUUUGCAACAUCGACUGUUCCCACAUCAGCUUCAACCCGGUGUGUGCCUCAGACGGACGUUCCUAUGACAACCCCUGCCAGGUGAAGGAGGCGUCCUGUCAGAAGCAGGAACGCAUCGAGGUCAAGUACCUGGGCCACUGCCAAGGCGACAUCAAAGCCAGAGAUGAACACUUCGCACGGACCGACCUCACAGUAGAGGAGAAAGAGGAUCCGAAGAAGGAGCCGGCCCGCGGCCUGUACAUCCCCUGUCCAGAUCUCUACAAAAACUACUGCGUCCACGGAGAGUGUCAGUUCCCCAGCAUCGUGGCCCAGCCCUCCUGCAGCUGUCACUCGGGUUUCAGGGGCCCCCAGUGUGACAUCAAAGAGUACAAUGUGCUCUACGUGGUGCCAGGCUCCGGCAAACUGCACUAUGUCCUCAUCGCCUCGAUCAUUGGAGCACUCCAGGUGGUCAUCAUCUGCGUGGUGGUGCUCUGCAUUACCAGGAAGUGCCCACGGACCAACAGGAUCAACCGGCAGAAGCAGAACAAUGUCCACUUCAGUACAGAGAACACCAUGCGCGCCUCCACUCGGCUUAUCUGAGCCCAGACACACCGGACAGAGUCCCCCUCCACUUUACGGAGUGCGGUGGCGUUCGAUGUUCCCCCUUGUAGGAUCUGCUCCCCCUCACUCCUCGCCCUCCCUCCCAGUGUGAACUUUAAGGAUGCCCAGGGAGGAUGGUGGCACAGCAGAGACGGAGCUGCCGUACCAGUCAGCGAUGAGACUCCAACCCCCUCAGUUGCAGAUGUGUCUUUCUGCACCUUGUCACUUCCGCCCAGGGUUUUUCUGAAAGAAAGAACCAUGAGGUGUUGGGGGGGGGCAUUGAGGAUACUGAAUGUGAGCGUGAGUGCGUGUGAAUGCGUAUUAGAUGUGUGAGCUUUGGUAGAGGCGGGCUAGCCGGUGUCUGUCGUUUCUAGAUGAGGGGGUAAAGCAAAGCGGGGUAGUGCAAAGCAGGGUAACGGGCUUUAAAUACAGUGUGCGUUGUUCAGUCUGGGAGGGGGGUGGGGGUGUGGGCUACACGUGAUGCCUUGCACCUUGUGUUAUAGGAGACCUUUGACAGAGGGCACAAUGUUAUUAUAGAGCUCUCUGUUCGGUUGUGACGACGACGACGUCAGCUUCUGUAUCUUGGGUUCUAUUUCCAAUAGUUACUACUACAUUGUCUUGAUGGGGUCAUUUUUCUGUAAAUGUAAAUAAAUAAUUUAUAUCACAAA